AUGAGUUCCUCCGUUGAUCCCACCUCUCUGCUAGUGUCUGCAGCAGUCCCGGCAUUCAAAUGUCCGGCCGGGACAAAGAUGCACAUUCUGAACUUGGGCACCCUCCAAGAAGAUGAAUCAUGGAUCCUCCGAGGUUGCAAUGCAAGCUCCUUGAACAACCUUAAUCCAGUGAACAGACGUCGAGAUUUAGUGGUCCUUUCCGCUCUCAUCGAGUACCCCGGAGUUGGUCUCAUUCUGUACGAGACGGGCUGUGCUGAGAAUGUAGACUCAUCAUUGGCCAUCUGCACUUUGACCAUGCGGGGGGGACUUGAGCAUUUUGUGAACACAGAUGUCCCAAUCUAUGUCCACGAAGAAGAGCUCAAGCACGCAUGCUGGGCGGUAGCAACCGGGGCAGACUUUGGCGUCUAUCUAGGACAAUAUAUGCUACUGGAAGAGCUGAAGUGGAACACGUUCACCGGGUCACAACUUGACCUGUUCCAAGGCAUAACCUUUCACCAUUCACCUGGCCACACACCUGGACUAUGCAUUAUGCAAAUCAAUCUUUCGAAUGAUGGACCAUUCAUUUGGACCUCGGACCAGUUUCACGUUGCAGAAAACUAUGAGCUGGGUCAUCCCCACGGAGGAUUAGCUAGGGAUCACAGUGCGUGGUAUCGCAGUCUCAACAUGAUCCGCAGACUUCAAAGACUGUACAAUGCCACGUUGAUUUUCGGUCAUGACACCGAGGUGGCCUACAAGCUCAUAAAUGCAAAGCCAUUUUAUGAUUGA